AUGGCAACGACCGUCGAGCCCGAGCAAUUAACUGGCCAUUGCCAACACGUCCACCUCAUGUGCCACAGCGACCGCGCCGACCACAGCGUCAGCGAGUCGUGGCGGGCCAGGUUCCCCAAGCCGUGGGACCCUCCAUUGACUGACAUAGGCCGGAUCAAGGCGCUUGAAACUGGCAAGAAACUCCAGGCCAAGCUCGGGUUUCCAAUCCACUGGGUCGUCUCGUCGCCGUUCUGGCAGUGCAACGAGACUGCAUGGGAGCUGAUCACCGGUCUCUCCAUGGAGGGCGAGGACGCCACAAACAUUGUGCUAGAUGAUGGCAACUCCGCCAACUCAUCAACGUCAGGGAUCAAAGUAGAGUUAUCUCUCCAAAUCUCGCAAUAUGGAAUGAGUAGGGUGCUUAACGACGCCACAUCGUUGUAUCAUCCCACGGACGGCGAUUCAUGGGUAUCCGACACGAAGUUGCUCGAGACUUCAUUUGCGCCCGGUGUCGUGGAGCCCGCACUGCACCGGGUGUUCAAGGAGGUAAGGGCUUUUUACAUGGCAUACCGUGCUUAA